UGGCUGAGCUGACGCAAUGUUUGCCCUGAUGUUCCAGCAGCUAUAAAUUGCUGCCAACCUCACUUCACCAGGCUCAGCUCCUGCAGAGGAGGAGGGAGAGGAUUUUUACCUGCACUGAGCUCCCCACCUGGCUCGGGUGUGAGAGGAGCAGGUGAGAACCAGGCAGGAGAAGGCAGUGUCCCGGCCCAGCAUGGCAUCUCUGCUGGACAACAUAACCAGACCUUCUGCUGCCAUCCUGCAGCUGUCUGUGCUGCUUGGUGUAACCUUUGUGCUGCUGAAGGUGCUCCAGUUCUACUGGGAGAGGAAGAAGCUCACCAAAGCUCUGGAGGCAUUCCCUGGCCCCCCAAAACACUGGUUCUAUGGCCACAAUCACCUGUUAAAAUCUGAAACUUUUCUGCAACAAUUAGUGACAUGGGGAGAAGAAUAUCCCUAUGCCUUUCCCAGAUGGUUUGGACCAAUCCUGCCUACUGUAAUUAUUCACCAUCCUGAAUAUGCCAAAAUCAUACUUGGCCGAGCAGAUCCCAAGGCUAGUGCACUCUACAAACUCCUAGUUCCCUGGAUUGGGAAUGGACUGCUGAUUUUGGAAGGAAGCAAAUGGUCCCAGCACAGGAAGAUGCUCACCCCAGCCUUUCACUACGAUGUGCUGAAACCUUACGUGACCCUGAUGUCAGAUUCAGUCAAAGUGAUGCUGGAUAAAUGGGACAAGAGGAUCACAGAGAGGAGGUCAGUGGAGCUCUUUCAGGAUGUCAGCUUGAUGACACUAGACAGCAUCAUGAAAUGUGCCUUCAGCUUUAAUUCCAACUGUCAGACUCAGAGCAACUCCCACUAUUAUAUUAAAGCUGUUUAUGACCUGAGCUACCUCCUGAGUGAUAGGAUCCGGAAUUUGUCCCUCAAGGAUGUCUUCUACAACUUCACUGGCAGUGGCCGCGCGUUUCAGGAUGCCUGCAAGCUAGCCCAUGCCCACACAGAUCAGGUAAUAAAAGAAAGAAAGAUGUUGCUCUCCAAUGAGAAGGAGCUUGAAAAGAUCCAAAAGAAGAAGCGCCUGGAUUUUCUGGACAUUCUUCUUUGUAGCAAGGAUGAGAAUGGCGUUGGGCUGUCCGAUGAGGACCUGCGUGCUGAGGUGGACACCUUCAUGUUUGAGGGUCACGAUACUGUGGCCAGUGGGCUCUCCUGGCUCCUCUACUGCAUGUCACUGCAACCUGAGCACCAGCAGCGGUGCAGGGAGGAGAUCCAGGGCAUCCUGGGGGACAGAGACACCAUUGAGUGGGAGGAUCUUGGGAAGAUGACCUACACCACCAUGUGCAUCAAAGAGAGCUUACGCCUGUUCCCACCUGCUGCUGGCGUGUCCCGAGAGCUCUCCAAACCUGUGACAUUUCCUGAUGGACGCAGCUUGCCAGCAGGCUGCCAGGUUUCAUUGAGCAUAUUUGCUAUUCACAGGAACCAGGAUGUGUGGGAGGACCCUGAGGUUUAUGAUCCCCUGAGGUUUUCUCCAGAGAAGUCAGCACAGAGGCACUCCCACGCUUUCCUGCCUUUCUCUGCUGGAUCCAGGAACUGCAUUGGGCAGCAGUUUGCCAUGAAUGAGUUGAAGGUGGCCCUGGCCUUGAUCCUGCGGCGCUUCGAGCUCUACCCAGACCCAUCCAGGCUUCCCAUAAUGAUACCACAGAUCGUCCUCAGGUCCAGCAGUGGGAUACACCUGCAUUUGAAGAAGAUUUUCUGAUCCCACAGGGUACCGUGGCAGGGGGGCAAGAGGUCUCCCAAGGGACACCUCCACUCAGAGGUUUAGGAGGGGAUCACCACACAGACCCACAGUGGACCUCUCCCACAUUGAACCCUGUCCUACCAUCACCCAGAGGGGCUUGCUGAGCCCACAAACACCAAGCCCAGCAGCUUCAGUUCCCCUCCUGGCAAGGGGAGCAGCACUGCUAAGGGGGUUCCACAGUAUUGCUGUGGCUCCUUCACCUCCAGGGGCACCCUCCAUGUCCUGCUCAUCUCCUCAUCUCCUCAUCUCCAACCUGCCCUCACACACUCCCUGACAGGACUUCUGUCACCUGCCUGUAGAUUUGUCCCAUUGUCAGUUCCCCACUAGGCUUGGCAGUGAACAACACCCAGCAGGGUUUGCAGGGAUGCUGAAAGCCUGGGCACUGCCCCAGCACAGCCCCUGCCCUGUCUCCUGCCUGGGUGUGCCCUCCUGCAGCCUUCCUGCAUCACCCACACCACCCUCCCAACAAUUCCUGCUCUGGGGCUGGCACUGUGCCCACCAUUAUGGAGAUGAAUGCUUUUGGUUCUUUUCUGCCCCAGCUCUGAGCUUCCUUGAGCUGAGGGUGCUCAGGAGCCAGCACAGAAAAUGCCACCAGCUAACCUGAGGAAGCACUUGGCACACUGGAAACAGCGUGUGAUCAGCAUUGUUCUGCUCUCUGAAAUGAAAAUAAAGUCUUGUGGGGGUGAUCUCCAA